UGCGGCAGGAGCUGCCCCACCGGCGAGGAGAUCCUGAGCAGCAUGGCUCGGAGAGGCGCUUUCUCUGCUUUGGCGCUCAAGUUCUGGAGCAUCCUACCUUGCCUGCUCCUGCUGCGAGCGGACGCCGGGCAGCCGCCCGAGGAGAGCCUGUACCUGUGGAUUGACGCCCAUCAGGCCAGGGUGCUCAUAGGAUUUGAAGAAGAUAUUCUGAUUGUCUCAGAGGGGAAAAUGGCCCCCUUUACGCAUGAUUUCAGGAAAGCCCAGCAGAGAAUGCCAGCUAUUCCUGUUAAUAUCCACUCCAUGAAUUUCACCUGGCAGGCUGCAGGACAGGCAGAAUACUUCUACGAGUUCCUGUCUCUGCGCUCCCUGGAUAAAGGCAUCAUGGCAGAUCCAACUGUCAAUGUCCCUCUGCUGGGAACAGUACCUCACAAGGCAUCAGUUGUGCAAGUCGGGUUCCCAUGCCUCGGCAAACAGGACGGGGUGGCAGCGUUUGAAGUGAACGUGAUUGUCAUGAAUGCUGCAGGCAGCAUCAUCCUUCGGACCCCUCAGAACGCAAUCUUCUUCAAAACAUGUCAACAAGCCGAGUGUCCCGGAGGCUGUCGAAAUGGAGGCUUCUGUAAUGAAAGGCGAGUCUGCGAGUGUCCCGAUGGGUUCUACGGGCCUCACUGUGAGAAAGCCCUCUGCAUACCUCGCUGCAUGAACGGCGGCCUGUGUGUCACGCCUGGCUUCUGUAUCUGCCCACCUGGAUUCUACGGAGUCAACUGUGACAAAGCGAACUGUUCAGCCACCUGCUUUAAUGGAGGCACCUGCUUUUACCCAGGAAAAUGUAUUUGCCCUCCAGGACUCGAAGGAGAGCAGUGUGAAAUGAGCAAAUGCCCCCAACCCUGCCGAAAUGGAGGUAAAUGCAUCGGUAAAAGCAAGUGUAAGUGCCCCAAAGGUUACCAAGGAGACCUCUGUUCUAAGCCUGUCUGCGAGCCUGGCUGCGGUGCUCACGGAACCUGCUACGAGCCCAACAAGUGCCAAUGUCGAGAGGGCUGGCACGGGAGACACUGCAAUAAAAGGUAUGGAGCCAGCCUCAUGUAUGCCCCGAGGCCAGCAGGCGCCAGGCAGGAGCAGCACAGGCCUUCACUUAAAAAGGCUGAGGGGCAGAGGGAUCCACCUGAAUCCAAUUACAUCUGGUGAACUCCGCCAUCUGAAACGGUUCAAGUUACACCAAGUUCAUAGCCUUUGUUAACCUUUCAUGUGUUGAAUGUUCGAAUGAUGUUCAUUACACUUUAGAAUACUGGCCUGAAUUUUAUUAGCUUCAUUAUAAAUCACUGGGCUGAUAUUUACUCUUCCUUUUAGGUUCUCUAAGUACGUUCGUUGAGCAUGAAGGCAUAGAUUUUUUUUUUUUUCUUCCAGUCCCUUGGGACAUAUCUUAUAUUUUGUCAGUUGAUCAGGUUAAAAAUUUGUCUCUUCAGUGUGUAGUUGGCAGAUAUAUGCGAAAUUACGACACAUUGUGGUAUUAGGAUUGGGGACAUUAGAGAGGGUGAACUGGGCAAAGAUGCAUAAAUCACAAGAGUGUGGAUAAGGCAGUUAAUGGUAUUUAAACCACAGUAUUUCAAAUUGUAUUGUCAAAUAUUUGGACACUUGUAUAAUUAAUAUUUCAAUUGCUCUCCCUUAUCUUGAGGUCUGCACAAUAUAUUUAGUCCUUACUGUUACUCUAGACAGUUUAGUUUUGAGGGGGGAACUAAGUAAAAAAAAUAAUUACACUGUGUUAGUGGCAUUUAAACAAUAUAAUAUAUUGUAAACACAACGAAAUAAGGAAUAUAAUGUAUGAAGUCUUUGCAUCGGAUGGAAGCAAUAUAAUAUAUUGUAAACAAAACACAGCUC